GUCCGUUAGCUACACUACAUAGGUAGCCAGCCACACACACUCUCUCUGUUCUCUGUCUCUCUGUCUUGUACCUGCGUAAUCUCGCUCUCCGACGUCCUGUCACUCCCUCGACAUCCCGAUAUUCCGACAUCCUUCCCGCCACACCUUCUCUCACAUUAAGAUACCCUCACCGCGCUUCGUACCUUCACCACUCGCUGCGCCUACGACCAUGGUGCGUAAGCCGGAACUUGUCCCAAAGCCACUGUCGCAGGCUGUCUACAACCCGCCAUAUCCCGUCAGUCCCGACGAGGCACAACCGCCCAACUUUCCCCCGCCAAGCACCUCACCGACUUUCGACGUCGUCACACACGAGGAAGCAAGUCGUUCGCGCAGCAACUCCAACGCCUCGAGCUCAGACUGGUCCCAUUUCGACGACGAAGAGAAAGAGGAAGCGAAAGAUGUGCUGCCAAACUCGUUGCAGCCUGGCCGCGGGAUGCAGCCAGCGGGCAAGACGGAUGAGACUAGCCUACCACCCACCCUCCGCGUCGGUCCGCCUGGCGGAAAGCGGGCGCCGACUAUAAUCACGUCGUCCGACUCGCCGCAAUCGCCCGAGCCUCCCGCCCAGUCGCCAUUGCUCUCGAACAACCCGUACCUCAAGAUGCAGUCUACCGGACAAAGCAAUUUUGGCGGUGAAGAUACAAACGCUAUAUGGAGCAACAACCCCGCCUCGGUCCCGACGUAUGGCUCGGCCGCGCAAGAGCCGAUUGAAAUGCCACUAGACAACACCACGCCCGUUGAGCAGGUAUCAAAGCUGUCUUUGAAAGAUGAUGCACCAGCUUCGCCCCAAGCUCCGCCUUUGCGAGCUCCGCCUGCGCAACCAGCUGGGAACAACGCGCCCUCUGGCGAAACGACGGAGCGCCCGCUUUCGUCCGCUUCUAGCAUCUGGAACCCUGGUAUGGACAUCUCUUCGCUAGAUGCUCUGACUUCAAGAAGCCAUGGCCUGCCGUCUGAUAUUGGCGACUCUACGAACGAGUCUAGGACGUGGCAGGAGCAGCAAGCCUGGGAGAAGAGUGAAAGGGAACGGAGAGAACGGGAAGCGGCGGAAGCGUACGAACGCGCUGCCCGGGAAGAGGCGGAGCGCCGCGCGGAAGAGGAGUGGUACAAGGGGGAACAGGCUGCUGCGCAGGCGGCACAAGCAGCGCAAAAGGAGGAGCAAAUUGUGCCAGAACAGAAACCUACUCCGCCAGUGCCAGAACAGGCUACUCCAGUGUUAGAGCAAGCCCUGCCAAUCCGGGCGCAAACCGCACCUGUCAAGGAAUCGCCUGCACCUGAAGCACAAGCUCCCGAACUACCUCCCAGGAGGUCGUUGGAUGGAGAUCAAGCACCACCCAAGCCACCACGCGCUCAGACCGAUCUGGACGCUGUUAGGUCUGAAGUCAUCAGUCCACCCCGAACUGAAACGCCACGUACUCGGCAGCAACGGCAGAGGAAGGAGAACUACCAAAUCAAGCACAUUCGGUGGUUCGAUUCGCGCACAGACACCUUGCGUGAGGCGCCCAUUCUCACGCAGAACGCAAAUGGACCGUGUCCACUUCUGGCUUUGGUCAAUGCGCUUGUUUUGUCCACGCGCGCCAAAGACCAGUCCGUCCUCGUCGAGACGCUUCGAACCCGGGAGCAGGUUAGCCUGGGUCUUCUCCUCGAUGCGGUCUUCGACGAAUUGAUGUCCGGACGCCGUGGCGGAGCCGCCCAAGAGUUGCCCGAUGUUGGUGACCUGUAUGCUUUUCUGCUGGCCCUGCAUACCGGCAUGAAUGUCAACCCCAAAUUCGUCGCUCAGCACGACACUUCUGUACCGGGCUCGCCUGCGAAACCUGGAGGGUUUGAGGAGACUCGCGAGAUGCGUCUGUAUAGCACAUUCAACGUCCCUCUUAUCCAUGGCUGGAUGCCGCCGUCAGAGUCUCGUGCUUAUGCCGCCUUCGAAAGGUCGGCUAAGACGUACGAAGAUGCGCAGAACAUUCAGUUCCACGAAGAGGAGCUGGAGGGGAAGUUGUCAACCUCCGGCCUCACGCAGCAGGAGCAGGACCUCUAUGAAGACUUGCAGGUCAUCAAAGAGUUCCUCCAGCGUUGGCCGACGCAGUUGACGGACUUCGGGCUCAACACCACGAAGAACAACCUGAAAUCUGGAGAGUUCGCCAUCCUUUUCCGCAACGACCACUUCUCUACGAUCUACAAGGAGCCGCAAUCUCAGAGAAUCCUCACCCUGGUCACUGAUGCAGGCUACUCCAGCCACGAAGAAAUCGUCUGGGAAAGCCUCGUCGACGUGACUGGCCGCAACAGUGAGCUCUUCUCCGGCGACUUCCGCCCCGUCAGCCACCACGCCGACGUCACGGGCGGCGCAUCCGACGCGCAGAUCCGCAACAUCGCCGACCCACCGAUCCGCAGCCUCCUCGACCUCGACAACAACCAAGGCUGGCAAACCGUGCCGCAACGCAACCAGCGCCAAAGCAGCGGCCCCGGUGCCUUCCAAUCCCCCGCCGGCAUCACCAGCCCCCAGCGCACCGGCACUAUCUCCAGCCCCACGACUGGCAACACGGAGCAAGAAGACGCGGACCUAGCGCUAGCGCUGCAGCUGCAAGAAGAGGAGGAGGACCGCGCCCGGCGCGAGCAAGAGGACCGCCGCCGCCGCGAAAACGAACUCUCGCAAACGUUCAUUGCGCAAGAAUCCCACGGCGGGCGCGGCAACCGCACCAGCUCGCAGAGCCUACCUCCCGCCAUCCCGCCAAGGAGAAACAACGCGGCCGUUGCUGCCGCGGCGGCAAACACGACGCAUCGGCCCGCAAACGCGGGGGACGAGCCGCCUCCGCCCACGUAUGAGCAGGCGGCGCAGAGGCCGGCCUAUAACCCGCCUGAAGGCCACCCGGCAAGCCAGUUCUCGCCUGUGGUGGCGCAGGGCCAGGGCCCGCAGGGCGCGCAAGGGCUGCCGGCGCUGCCGGCUAGGCCUGCGGCCGGGUCGGUGGGCGCUGCUACUGGGAGGGGUGGGGGGAGGAUUGGUGCGGGGCCGGGACGGAGGGCGAGUCAUGGGCCUGGGGGAAUGGGGGGGCAGGGCAGGGACGAGAGGUGCGUCGUUAUGUAGGUAGGGGGUGAAGAGGUGGUUGAGAAGCUUUCAGUUUGGGUUUGCUGGGGAUGCUUGCUGUAUGAUUGUAUGGGAUGGAUGAAUGGCUUGGGAUGGCUUGGGAUGGCUUGGCUUCGCUUGGGUUGGCUUCGUUUCGUUUCGCUUCAUUGGCGCUUCGGCGGUGGGUGCUAGAUUUGGGAUACCCGCAUACAGUAGUUUUAGUCUUCUUCUUCGAUGGUAUACAUGCGCUUGCUUUGUUGCUUGCUUGGUUGCUUUCUUGCUUGUUUAAUUAUUUGGUUGUUGGUCGCGUUGCUGUUGUUUGUUUGUGAAUGGUAGGUUUUAGUUUUAGAUUGGUUGGGUAUCGUUGCUUUGCUGCUUUGUUAAUUCCUCCCUGAAAGAAGAGGAGGAUGCUUGCUUGGAUUUUAGAUCGGUGGGACGAUAUAGCUAGCUUUGCUUAAUGUAUAUUACUCUAUG